GGUCCGGGGAUGGCCCCGCCUUAAGGACCAUGACUCCGCCCCUCUCCGCUCUCCGUAGUUACGAAGCUGGGCGUCAACGAUUGGGCUGAGUCGGAGACUUCCUUUCCUGAUUGGCCGUGUUGUACGGCGGCUUCUCGCGCAGCUGAUGACCUGGAAGUGAUGCCUAAAGCUGUGGACCGCGUGGGCUCGCCUCCCUGGGACUAGGUUUCAGCGGCCGCUGCGAUGACCAAAAUAAAGGCAGAUCCCGACGGGCCCGAGGCUCAGGCGGAGGCGUGUUCCGGGGAGCGCACCUACCAGGAGCUGCUGGUCAACCAGAACCCCAUCGCGCAGCCCCUGGCUUCUCGCCGCCUCACGCGGAAGCUCUACAAAUGCAUCAAGAAAGCGGUGAAGCAGAAGCAGAUUCGGCGCGGGGUGAAAGAGGUUCAGAAAUUUGUCAACAAAGGAGAAAAAGGGAUCAUGGUUUUGGCAGGAGACACACUGCCCAUUGAGGUAUACUGCCAUCUCCCAGUCAUGUGUGAGGACCGAAAUUUGCCCUAUGUCUAUAUCCCCUCUAAGACGGACCUGGGUGCAGCCGCAGGCUCCAAGCGCCCCACCUGUGUGAUAAUGGUCAAGCCCCAUGAGGAGUACCAGGAGGCUUACGAUGAGUGCCUGGAGGAGGUGCAGUCCCUGCCCCUACCCCUAUGAGGGGCUCCGGUAGCACCUGGGCACCUGCCGCUGGAAGCUAUUGGGCUGGCGGCAGGACGACUGGCUGUCCUCCUGCCCACCCACACUGACGGCAUCUUCCCAGUUCCCCAAGGCACGCCUUCUUCCCAGGCAGCUCUAACAGCCCUUUCAUGAAGGUAAUGCUAGUCUUCUGUCCAUCAGUGCCAUUUCCUGUAGAACUAAAGGCUGUUCCAAGAAUGUGGGGUGGGGAAAGUAAAUGCUAAGACUAAAA